AUGGCCAACCGGACCAACGUCUCCAUCCCGUACAACAGCUACGAAUACUACCUGGACUACUUGGACCUCAUUCCCGUGGAUGAGAGGAAGCUGAAAGCCAACAAAUAUUUGAUUGUCAUCACCUUCUGGGCGAGCCUGGCAUUCUUCGUCAUGCUUCUCUUCCUCAUCCUGCUCUACAUGUCCUGGUCAGGCUCCUCACAGGCGAGGCAGGACGGUGCAACAGGAAAGCAUCCAGAACAACGCCCAGCACCGCCCAACAUGCCCCUGGAGUAA